AUGCUGCUGAAGAGUGGGUUUCUUUUGCUCUUUGUUUUGGUUGCAUCAGCAUAUGAAACGGAUCAAGAACCUGUGCAACCAAAGCGAGCAAGAUUCUCAGCCAACAGCCCUACUUAUGUUGCCCGCUGCCUGAACGGUGCUCUGCAGGUGGGCUGUGCACCCUUCGCCUGUUUGGAGAAUUCCACCUGCGACACUGACGGCAUGCAUGAAAUCUGCAACGCCUUCUUCCACACAGCUGCAAUUUUCAAUACAGAGGGAAAGACCUUUGUGAAAGAAAGCAUCAAAUGCAUUGCCAACGGUGUCACCUCUAAGGUUUUCCAGACCAUCAGACGCUGUUCCACCUUCCAGAAGAUGAUUGCUGAAGUGCAGGAGGAAUGUUACAAGAAGCUUGACAUCUGUGAAGUGGCCCAAUCCAAUCCUGAAGCCAUUGGGGAUGUCGUCCAGGUGCCCAGCCACUUCCCAAACAGGUAUUACAGCACACUUCUACAGAGCUUAAUGGAGUGCGACGAUGACACUGUUGAGGUGGUGCGAGCUGGGCUAGUGUCCAGACUGGGGCCCAACAUGGCUACCCUCUUGCAGCUGCUUCAGAACAAACCCUGCCCAUCCGAACCAGCUGCAGUAGGGUCUGCUGGGAUUGAGGGUCGCACCGGGUUCCGCUGGCCCCCCAUGUUCAAGAUCCAGCCCAACCUCCGCAACAGGGAUCCCACUCACCUCUUCGCCAGGAAACGCUCAACUGAAGGGAGCUCUUAG